AUGGCAUCGUUACCGCCGGAUCCAUACAAAAUUCUCGGUGUUGGCUCCGAUUCACAAAUUCCCGAAAUCAGGAGCGCUCAUCGCAAGCUCGUCCUCAAAUGCCAUCCAGACAAGUUCUCAGACCCCGAGGUCAAGAAAGUUAAGAUGGAAGAGUUUCAGCGUGUUCAAAAAGCAUAUGAACUCUUGUCUAAUGAGUCAGCGAGAGAAGACUAUGACAGAAUGGUGAGACUUCGGCAACUUCGAGCGAGUUUUACAUCAUAUUCCAAGGGGUUUUCCCCGUGGGAAAAGUCCGGCGAUAAGUCCAACUCUGGUAAAGACACGAAAUACGCUUCUGAUAUAGAUCCCUUUGAGGUUUAUCAGAGAAGAGAAAGGGGCACGGAAAAGCAGUUUCGUGCGAGAUCUCGGGUUCGGCCUCCAUCACAAAACAUAUCGUCAAGUGACGAGAGACAAGAAUUUGUUGCGUAUGCUCUACAGUUAUUCGACGAAGCUAAGAGACAAAAUAUGACUACUUCUGAAAACAACACAGCGGCAUUCAAGUCUGACGGUUCCUUAUCACACUCAUCCAUCGAGGAGCAGAUCAAACAGCGGAACAAGGCAUUUGAGAAAUCCAAAGCCAACCCCCAACAAAGUGCAGAGCCUUCUCAGCCUCCGAGUCCAAGCAAAAACGCCAAGCAUACUACCAUAGACCAACGGACUAAGAAACUUCAGGCCGUACCGGUGGAGCAGCUCAAUCUUGAAGUUAUGAACCCGGGCAUCCCUGAUGGUCGCGUUGACAUUGUCGCCGUCCAUGGUCUUGGGGCGAUACCGGAUAUUACUUGGAAAGAGAAGACAUCGAGCAUCAAUUGGCUCUCGAACAAGGACAUGCUGCCCCAGGCAGUCCCCGAGGCGAGGAUUCUAAGGUUUGGUUAUGAUUCGCUUUGGAUGGGAGAGACACCUAUUCGAACAUCGCUCUCUACGAUUGCAUACAAGCUACUUCUCAGUCUGAACAUGAUGCGCGUGGAAGACUUGGAGAGACCGCUCAUAUUCAUCGGGCAUUGUUUUGGUGGUUUGGUGAUCGAGCGUGCCCUAAAUCUUGCCAAAAUGCGUCAGGAGAAGUAUCCAGGCUUAUUCGACUCAUCAGUUGGCGUCGUCUUUCUUGGAACUCCCCACCGUGGCUCAAGGUCUUUCACACGCGAGAGCGCUCUCUUAGCAGCCAUUGCAGCGUCUUCCGACUUGUCAACGCAUCUCGAAACCAGUGUGUUGGAUACAAUGACCUCUGACACUGGUAGUCUCCUCGACGUAUCGGAUGACUUUAUCACCCUAUGCACGGACGGCGGACCCGAGAUUUCGUGCUUUUUCGAGCAGCGUUCAUCGAAACUCGGAAAGGUCGUGGGAAGAACUGACAUUACUGAGUUUAUAGUGGAUGCAGCAAGCGCCACCUUUGAUGGCCAUCCGAAGCAUGGUCUUGAGGUAGACCACUUCAGCCUCAACAAAUUCAACGGCCCUACCAACUCACAUUACUUGCAAGUUCGCGCAGAAAUCGUAAGGUUUUAUAAGUUGGCCUUGAACAAGGCUGACCUCUUGUCCCAAGUCAAUGAUGUGGACUCUUCAGCAACUUAUAUUAGCACAUCUCCACAAGUACCGUCACACCAGAAAUCCGAUUCAAAAAGGUCCGAGAGUCAAAGAAUGUCACAAAAGCCGAAACCGGAGCUAUCGAAACCUUACCAACGCUCUCAGAAGGUUGUUAAUGCAGCGGCAUCCCAAGUAUCCUUGGGGGAGGAGGAAAUAUUGAGAAGAGAGGCGGUCAAGGAGCUUCGCGAGGAAGAGUCUCGUAAAAAGGCUAUAAUGCAGGAAGAGGAUUAUCAGAAACGACUGGCCAAGGAGAAACGAGCUAUGGAGCUGGCCUUUCUCGAACGGCUCAAGAAGAACAUGUCAAAAUACGGCAUCGAAAACCCUGGCGCUAUUCUAGAAGAGAAUCCUCUGCCCAAAGAUGAGGAGUUGAAAGGGCAGGAAAUCAAGGAAAAGAACGCCUGGUACCUAAAUUAUUUAAAGGGUGCUUUGGCUGAUACGGGCGUAGAUGGCGGCCAGAUUGACGAGAUUCUCAACGACAACGGGGAGACCAUGGUGAUUGAUGGCGUGGAGACAACAGUCACUAGAAUGUCAAAGAAGUGGGUUUCUAAAAGAACUCUGAACGCAUAUGAGAUUCCGUGGCAAUAUGAUGAGGUAUGUUGCUUUGUCUUCCCUUUAGAGUUAAACAGAGACGUUGCUAACGUUGCUAACGUCGCCAAGAAUGAUUCAUCCGCCAUCAUCGUGAAGCGAUGGGUUCCUGACUAUGAACAAGCAUUCCUAUGGGACCACUCCAUGGCGCUCCGUGGAGAUCGCGGUCGAAAACAGCAUCGGUACCAGGACCCCCCGAAAACCCAUGAGCCAUCAAGAAAAUUUCUCCAGCAGAUGUAUGACAUCUUCAAGUCGGGACAGAAAAAGAUGCCAUCGGAAGAUCAGCCAAGAAGGCGAACAGGGAGUUUCGAUCGUAACAGCCUUGAGUCUAGAGUGGACAGACGUAGUUCAGCUAAAGGAAAAGCGCGGGAGUGGGAGAGGGAAAGACAGGAGAGGGACAGGGACAGGGAAAGGGAGAGGGAGAGGGUUAGGCAGGAGAGGCAUAGGGAGAAGGAUUGGGGAUAUUACUACGCCUCGCCGAAAACCACGCGAGAUUUCACGACACCAUCGACACCGGCCACGGAUCGCGGGUUCCGACGAAGUCAAAGCUAUGAAUCUGUACAUUCGGCGCCUGAUUGGGAAGAAGUGGCGAGGCGGAGACGACACUCGCGAACGCUGAGUGAUGACCGAUCUAAGGGCCGGAGCGGGACGAAAUAUCAGCGAGACUCGUCUGGAGAAAAAGGCUCAAGUGCGAGAUAUACUGAGACAGGUCCGUCACUCGAAUCGGUCCAUCAAGUCAUUUAA